UGUAUCGGAACUGUGUAGUCGUAAACUGGCCGAAAACCUCGCCCGUCUGAACCGAUGCGUUAAGUAGUGGACUAGUCAUUGACAUUGAAGAGGUUAAAACAAUCCAAAAAUUAUGAUCAGAACUAUAUUAACUAGCAAUAAACUGUUUUGGAAAAUUGAGAACAAUGUGUGAACUGCAUUUAACAAAUGAAUAUCAGUUUUGAUGGAUAAAUGCAGCACAGAUGCUGAAUUUGAUUCAUAUUGGGAUUAUGAAGCCAAGAACAAAAAUAGAAAUAGAAUAAGAGUUGGAAGGCAAUAUCAAGCCACUAUACCUCCACUUUUAAAACCUGGUCAGAAAGAUGGAAGAAAAAGUGAGGAAUUGGAGACUUUAAAAUGGAAGCCAGAUCAGUUAAGUGACCAAGCACUUGAGGAGUAUUUGUCUAUGGCCAAGGGCAUUGGAUUAUUUUCAAAAUCUUUAGAUAGCCCUAAAUCUUCUGAAAAAUCAGACAACUCUUUGCAGUCAGCCAUUAAAGGAUUGUCUGAAUUCGUCACAUCUCAUCAUCCUUGUCAUCAUGAUGAUGGUUGUAAAGUAGCUCAACCAUCUUCAUCUGGUGAAUCUUCUUCAAAAUCAUCUGGAACAAAUGAUUGGUCUCCUUCUGAAGCUCAACUGUUUGCUCAAGCUCUAGAAGCAUGUGGGAAAAAUUUUAGUGCAAUUAAAAAAGAAUAUUUACCUUGGAAACCUAUUAAAAGCAUAAUAGAAUACUAUUAUGAAGGUAAAAAUGAAAAAACAGAAGCUUUGGAAGGAGAAUCUUCUAAUAAAUUUUCACCGAAGAAAGAAGAGGUGGAGGAGGAGACACUUAGUGCCACUUGUCCUAAAGAGGAGAAGGCUAGUAUAAAAGAAGAAGAAUUACCAGAAGAAUCUGUACCUGAGAACAAUUCUGUUCCUGAGGAUCCCCCAAAAGAUACAAUUAAUUUUUUAGAAAAUACCAGAGCCACUGACCCUUGCAAGGCAACAUUUACAGAGUUGAAGAUACCUGUAAGUGAAAAUGAUGUAACUACAGCAUCAUCAACUGUUGCAAGUUUGAAAUUUUUUUUAGGAGGACGUUUAGUACUUAAAUUAAAUGCCCAACAAGACAGUGGCUCUGGAACCAAGUGCCAAUGGGUACAGUCUAAUGACUUGCCAAAACAUUCAAACAGCUUUAAAAAAGACCGACAAAAGAAAAAAUGCAUACAGGAUGAUUUAUUUGUGAUCACUCCUGAUGUUCAUAAACUGAAAAAGAAAACAGACGAAUUAUCUUCGAUCUCAAAUGAGUUAUCAGACUGUGAUCAUUCUGCUGUUAAAAAAGCCAAGCUGAAGUCUGAAUACGAAUUUCCUCUUUGUAGUUCUUCCUGGACACCACCAGUAGCUGAUGGUCAAGAGUCCAUUGAGGUGGAUGAUGCAUCAUCUAAAACUAGUGAAGGUUACAUAUCCCCGGUUCUUUCAAAUUCAAGAUUUUCAAAGACAGAUAUGAAAUCAGAUUCUUGUAGCAAUUUUAAUUCUGUUAGUGACACUAAGUGUGAUUCAGAUAUGUGUUGGACAAAGAGUGAUGCGAGAGGGUGUAAUGUUUCUUCUGAACAUUGUACUGUGAAUGAUAGUGCCUCAAAAAACAAGUGCAUACUUGGAGGAAAAAAUUCCCCCAAUCACAUGAAUGAUGCAUCUCCAUAUAAGCAAGAUAUGCUUAAUCAUAAAAGUGCCUUGAGUCACAAUAAAACUUGUAUAAAAAGCCUGUGUUAUCAACCUCAUGCAAGUCAUUCCAGUCGCUCAAUAUCAAAGCAGUGGAGUAAGUGGUCAAAUGUGACAUAUCCAGUGAGGACUUCACCUUGUUCAUUAUCACCCAUUUCUGUAGUUGAUUUAAAAAGUCCCUUGAAAGAAACCCCAUUGGAUUUAUCAUCAAAGUUGGACAAUGGCCCAAAUGACAUUGAUCAACAUAAUUUACAAAGUACACAUAAGCAUAAAAUGCUGAUUGAUAGUAUAGAAAAAGUUAUGCCUUCUGAAUCAGAAUCCCGACCUGCCAGUUGUGAAUUUUCACCUCAGUCUUCCAAUCAUGGAUCACUAGCCCAAAGUAUUGACUCGCCAUACAAAGAAACCAUUAACUCUCAUAAGUGCUCUGAUGAUACUGCUAGUGACCAUCAACAUUGUGAAAAAUGUUUGAGACAAGAAGAAAGUGAUUUUUCUUCUGGUAAGGAUUCAGAAAAUUCCUGUCAGUUUCCUUAUACAUAUUGUAAUCUUCCAUACCAAUGUGCUUUACCCAAUUGCACCAAAGAAUGCUUGUUAGAAGAGCAUCUGUGUGAUAAAAGUGAUGCUGAAAAAUGUCAGGCUGGAAGUCCUUGUUGUAUCGUCACUGAUGUAGAUGAAAGCAUCUGUAAAAAGAAUCCUUCUUGGUGCAGUAAAUCUGUGGCUUCUUAUUAUCCAUAUUAUUCACAAUGUUAUCCAUAUUAUUUAUCGUAUGGUAUGGCACCAUCACAUAUGUCUGAAUCUACUACUGCAGAAGUGCCAUUAGAUUUAUCUUCUACCAGUGACAAAACAAAAGAAAAUCAUUCUGAUAAUGAAAAAUUAUCAGAAAACGUCAAUACUGUGAAUUCUGAAGAUUCAGAUGCAGUUGAAAGAGGUAUGCUGUAUCAGCUGUUGAAGAACAAAACAAGCAAAUAGAAUACUUUUUGUGUGUGGGUUGGCAGUUCAUCCCUGUAUAUUAUUAUAUUGUUCUAAGAACAUUGAAAGGCAUUAUUCUUCAGUACUGACCAGUCAUAUUAUGAAUGUUAUUUUUAUAGAUGCAGAAUAAAAGUACAUUAUAUAGCUUUA